AUGGACAUGAGAUCACUACAGGAAAUGGCGAAAUCUUUGAGCCUGGAUGGACAAGUCUCCCUCAAUGAGCUUGUUCGACUUUCAGAGGAAGCCAUCCAGAAAUCUAGCGAUUUAAAGGAACAGGGACAACUUGACCUGGCUCUAAUGCAGUAUCUUCGUGCUUCUGAUAUCGUCAUAAAUAACAUUCCAAAUCAUCCUGAUUUUAAUUACAUGAACCAACAUCACCCUCGAUGGGCGGAUCAAUUUUCUAGACUGCUCAUGACUGUCAACUCCCAACACACGAGUAUGGAGAAUAUAAAACGCAGAAUUCUCUCGGAUAACGAUGCUCCUGGGGCAAGACCAAAUUCUCUGCCAUAUCCUCCUUCCCCACAGCGCCGUUCAGCUGAUUUGUCCCAGCACGAAGGGGGACGUAGACUUAGUGAAAGACCAAUUAGCCCCCCGAGCCCGGCAACUUUUCAGCACCCAUCGAGUUUGCGGCCCGGUGCGCAAAUGCCUAGCAGCCAUGGGAAGAAAUCAAAGCCUGAAAUCAGACCAAAACCAGAGAAUUUGACACAAAGGUUUUUAGAAGAUCCACAGUCACUGCAUGACCCGCUUGCACAACGCUUUGCUAGCCUCAGGAAUUCUCAUCACAUCACAGCUACUUCUGAAUACCAAACCAUUCAGAGCAAUGGCUACCCACACCAAGCUCCACAACAUUCGCCAUCUCGUAGCGGUCGACCCCUUUCCUUACCUCUUUCCCGAUCCCUUAUGGACCCUCCAUCCCGUCCUUUAGGACCACGACAAAUGAAUUCGCCGCAAAGCCACCCUCCCGCGUUACCACCCAAAGUUCCUAUUUCCCCCAUUGAGCCGCUUCCUAGAUUCCCAAGUCCUGCGUACAGUCCUAUGAAUAUUACCCCAUCAAAGCCGCCUUCCAAUCCUCCCAGAACAUCGACCGAUAGUCUUCGCUCUGUUUGUCAAAAACAGGUAUCAGGAAUUGACCGUUUAAACGAUUCACUUGAUGAAAACCCAUAUCGGUCUCGUACUCCUAAUGGCAUCCAUGUCGAAGCGGACACUGGAAGAAAGACGAUUGAUAUUUCUGUCGGUACAACAAUAACCGCUGAUGUUUUAUUCAAGUACCUACGAAAAUAUGAUAUUUUACUUAUUGAUGUUCGUUCGCGGGAGCAAUACGACAGUGGCCACAUAUAUUCAAAUUCUGUAAUUUGUGUGGAACCUGUCGUUCUCAGAGAAAAUGUAUCUGCGGAGGAGCUUGAAGACCGUUUAAUAAUAUCACCUGAAUUUGAGCAAGCACUCUUUUCACGACGGAACGAAUUUGAUCUUGUUGUGUACUAUGAUCAGAGUACAAGUGACUCGUCUUACUUAGCUGGAUCUCCUGCGUCUAGCCCUGUACCUCAUCUACGAGCUCUCUAUGACACUCUUUACGAAUUCAACAUGUACAAACCACUCAGGGAUGGCCGACCGCCCGUUCUGCUUGUGGGUGGACUUGAUGCUUGGGUUGAUCUAGUUGGGCCGCAGUCAUUGGCGACAACUCACACUGCUGUUAUAAUGCAUACGGUUGGAGCACGUACAUCUACCCCGGGAAGACGCCAGCCACCAAGAAGAAUGCCCACUGUCAGUGCUAACUCAAGCUGGGAAGUGAAGAAAAGAAGGCUUCGUGAGUUUACGCCUCUGAAUCCAGAAGAAGAACGAGCAUGGCUAGAGAAGGCGAAAACAGAGGAGAUAGACCCGACUAGCUAUGUUGCAGAAGCCGGUGGUAUCACAGAAGAACCUGAAGAUCUUGAGGCUUCUGGCACGGAAUCAAACUCGCCUUUUGUACAUACUUAUGAGGAUUUCUUCCGACGAUUCCCAGAGCCCCAGGAUAUCCGUCAGUCCAUGGCGAGUAUUCCCUCAAACCCGCCGGCAUACGCCCAAUACACCGACGAACCACCUAUUGCACCUCCGUCUCGGCCACCGCCAGCAGUACCCCGUCCUUCGUACAGCGGAGUUGCCGAUGACCGUCACCUCCAACCUCCUCUUGCGCGUCAAGCUUCUGCAACUAAGCACGCUUUAUAUAAAUCAGUUUCCCCUCUCGAUCGCAUAAAACUCCCCCGUACUGGUCUCGUUAAUCUUGGGUCAACAUGUUAUAUGAAUUCCAUCAUUCAAAGUUUAAGUGCUACAACAGAACUUACUAAAUUCUUCUUUGAUAAUCGAUUUCACACCCAGGUACAAAAAAACUGGAAGGGUUCUCAAGGCGUUUUACCUGGACUCUAUGCCAAUCUGAUUCGAUCAUUGUGGAAGAACGACGUUGAAGUGAUCAGACCUACCUCAUUUCGAAAGUUUGUCGGCCGGCUAAAUCCAGAGUGGGCUGGAAGUCAGCAGCAGGAUGCUAAAGAGUUCUUCGACGUUCUCGUCGAUUGCUUGCACGAGGAUCUCAAUCUGAACUGGCAAAGGACACCCCUGCGCCCACUGACAACUGAGCAAGAAAUGCGUCGUGAGCAGAUGCCGAUCAACCAAGUAUCGGGAAUCGAAUGGAAUCGCUAUUGUCAUCGCGAAUUGUCUUACAUAUCAUCUCUUUUUGCUGGGCAACAUGCAAGUCGGUUGCGCUGCACGACUUGCCGGCGCACAUCCACCACAUAUGAAGCAUUUUACAGCAUUAGCGUCGAAAUUCCGGUGUCGGGCUCGGGGGAUAUUUACCAAUGUCUUCGUAGUUACUGCCACGAAGAGAUGCUCAGUGGAGAUGAAGUUUGGAAGUGCCCGCAUUGUCGCACGGAGAGGGAAGCGACCAAACAAAUCAUUCUCACCCGUGCGCCUCGCUUCCUCGUUUUUCACUUUAAGCGCUUUUCUGCCUCCCACAGCCAACAGGCGAGAAAAAUACAUACAGCCGUCAAUUUUCCCUUGUCUGGGCUAGAUAUGAGCCCUUUCAUGGCCCAACUCGAACCCAGCCGCCCUUCCUCACCCCAGGCCAACACAAACGCUUCAACUUUGGCUCAAACUGAACUUACACCCCACGAGCUGGCGACGUCUCCCCCAUACAUCUACAAUGCUUACGCUGUGGUGCAGCAUUUGGGAUCAACGAUCCACGAGGGCCACUAUAUUGCCUUAGUUCGUGAUAAUAAUCGCGACUGCUGGCGAAAAUUCGACGAUCACCGAGUAACAGACUUCAGGCCUGGUAGUCCUCGGUCUUCGGAUUGUCUUCAGAAUGAGCAGGCGUACCUCGUGUUCUACGAACGAGUUCCGGCUCAUUAA